AUGGCACGCCACUUGCCCGGCCCAUAUUUGUCCACCCCCGCCCUCAGUGCCCCCUCCUCCUCCGCUGUCCACUUCUGCUUUGGCGCUCCCAUCACUUCUCCUUUCCUGCUCGCUCCUUCCCUGCUCGCUCCUUCCCUGCUCGCUCCUUCCCUGCUCGCUCCUUCCCUGCUCGCUCCUUCCCUGCUCGCUCCUUCCCUGCUCGCUCCUUCCCUGCUCGCUCCUUCCCUGCUCGCUGCUCGCUGCUCGCUGCUCACUGCUCGCUGCUCGCUGCCCCCCCCACGGCAGCUCCUGCUACAGGGGCAGCUCCUCCUACAGGGGCAGCUCCUCCUACAGGGGCAGCUCCUCCUACAGGGGCAGCUCCUCCUACAGGGGCAGCUCCUCCUCACCCCACCUCCCUCGCCUGCUACAAAGGCCUCUCCUCUCCCCCUUCAGCGACCUCUCCUCCUCGCUGCGACAGGGGGGGGGGGCUGGAUGGUGUGUGGCGCAGCGCUCCCUGCGCUGCGCUCGCCUCUACACCACUGCGCGCUCACCUCCCCCAAGCGGUCAGCAGGCGCAGUGCACCGUGGUGGGCCAGGCGCUCGCAGCGCGCGAGGGGCGAGGGCAGGCGAUGGUGGCGUCCUCGAAGGAGCGCCGGGGAGGGCGGCGGAAGGAGGGCGGGGGAAGGCGGGCGUGGGAAGGCGGGGGGGGGGCGUGGAAGGGCGGGGGAGAGCGGGGAAGGGGCCACGCACGGAGGGCGGAGGGCGGCACGCACGGAGGGCGGAAGGCGCGCGAGGGGCGACGGCAGGCGACGGUGGUGUCGGGGAGCGCUGGGGAGGGCUGGGAGAGCUGAGACGGCGGGGAGGAGCUCCGGAGGGCGCGGGAGGAAUGGGGAGUGCGUGGGGGGGAGGCCCGUACCUGAGUGUUGCGCCGCUGCUCCCUUUCUCUCUCCCCGGCGGCCAGCGGCGGAACGGCAGAAGGGGCGGAAACAGCGGAAAGGGCGGAAGGAAAUUCUCAGAGACGCGAGGGCCCGGAGCGAACGGCGCAGGCCGAGAAGCUAGGCAGCUGCAGUGUGAGGAGCGUGACGGCGGACGACGCGCGGCGCACGAGUCGUGUGAUGAGCGUGUGGAAGCGGGGCCUCCUGCGAGUACUACUCUAGGGGAAUCUCGAAAUUGCCGAUAA